AUGUCAGAAUCAGUCGGUCAUGGAGACUCCGGAGAAGGACUCGGAAGCAGCCCGAGUGAUGUAGGAACAUCCCGGCAAGAGGCGGCGCGAGACCUCGGUCAUGAUGGACCUGGUCAUGGGAAACGCCCCUUCUCCGGCCUGGUCGGCGGCGCUCGAAAAAAGCGUAAGGGGGUCAAGGUGACACGUGCCUGCGAUACCUGCAAGAGGCGCAAGUCGAGGUGCUCGGGCACGAUACCUUGUGACAGCUGCAUCAAGCGUGGUCGCCCGCGAGACUGUCACUAUCAUGCAGAGUAUCGUCGAGGGCAGUUGGUAACACCGGUGCAGUCGACGUUUCCACGCAGUCUCGGCGCCGAGAACCGCGAGUCCACUCCCACGCGACGCCAAGAACGUUCCCCAGAUUGCAGUACAGCGAUCGACACUGAUAGCAAUGUCAGAAUUGAGGCUGCAGUGUCACCUCAUACAAUGGAGGUCUCGAUGAAUGCAGUCGAUAUGCCCGCUCCCUUGAGCGAGCACAACACCGCUGCGCCGUCUAGAGCCUCACCCGAGCUCGAAGUGGCCGAGAUCCAGGGCCAAUUAUUCGAUACAACGUCUGGGCUGGCGUUCGUACAUAGAGCCUUUCGAAGGCUAUCUCAGAGUCACACCCAUCAAGUCAGUCGGCCGCUGCCUGACUUUGCCGGUGAAGCUGAGAAUGAAGAGAGCCCGACCUUGACUGUAGGCGACAAGCCGAUUGGAGUCAUUAGUCCGGGAGACGUGGAACUCCCGACGAUGAAGAGAGCCCUUGAGCUGGUCUAUCUGUACUUUGAUGUUUGCAUUGCCACGUAUCGCUUUCUUCAUCUCCCGACGGUCGAAAAAUGGCUGCAGGUAAUGCUCAAUAACAGAAGAGAGGGACUGCAGUUACACCAGGGACUUGGCCGUGCCAAAGCCGCAAUCCUUCUCACCAUGUUGGCAAUCGCAACCGCGCACGAAGAAAAAGCAUCCGGCCAUUUCCAACAGGACGAGGCAGCUUCAAUGAGUCGCAUCGACAGCUUGUUUUCUACUGCUAGCUUCUUGAUCCAACACGAGACGGCCCGGCCCACCCUAGAGUCAGCACAGGCACGCGUUAUACAAGUAAUCUAUCUGCUCACGACGUCGCGGAUGAACCAAGCCUGGUAUACCUUUGGCACAGCCAUUCAGCUCAUAUCUGCUCUGGGUCUGCACCGAAAAUCUGGAAAGAGACGCCUCGAUGCGUCCACCGAGAACUACAUUGUUGUCCAGUGCCGAAGAAGAACCUUUUGGACAGCCUAUAUUCUCGACAAGUAUCUCGGCGUCAUAUUCGGUCGACCGAGGCAUUACAACGAUGACGAAAUAGAUCAAGAGAUGCCAGACAGUAUAAACGACGAAGAUAUGACUCCCAAUGGAGUUAAGGACGGAUACAAGCGCGGCAGAAAGGAUUGUGCCACAGAUGCACUCAUAUUCCAUUCAAAGAUAGCGUCAAUUCUAAGUGAUGCUGCCAAGACUGUUUACUCUAUAAAACAAAUACCCCGACAAGACCGCAUUGCUGCCGCCAAUCGUUUGAGUCAAGAGCUGCGACAGUGGAAGUCAUCUCUGCCGCCCCAUCUAGGCUCCAUCUCCCCUUCAAGCUUGAUACCCAGAUUUCGGCGUCAAGCGACGACACUCAAGAUUGCUUAUUCGCACGCCACCAUGCACGUCAACCGAUUGUUCCUGUUGGGCCGCAUGAGUGCCGGAAGUGAAACACAGAUUCGAGAAGCAAUCAUUGCUGCCAACACCGUGCUGGAAACAGUGGAUGAGAUGGUCGCCGAAGGCGGGACAAUAUUUCACGCCUUCUGGUGGACUCACUAUGUCACCUUUUGUGCCCUCGCUAUUGUCUAUGCUUGGGAAAUCCAGUCUCGAAAAGGCCACCUAGAUCUCUUCCCUGACAAUAGCAUAGACCGUGCUGAUCUCAUGGAGCUGGCAGACCGCUGCCAACGGCAUCUAGCCCAGGCCACUGCUUCCAACUCACCUAGUAGGAGAUAUGCAUUAAUUCUGGAUAAGCUGCGAAAGGAGGUGACACGAAGUGGCUUGAGUAGUGACGACCAAUCUGGAAGCACGCAAACUCAUCGAAAUCUGACUAGUAUCACGUCACCGCAUGCCGCUUUCCCGGGAUCUGCACAUAUAGCUAGGCCCAAUGGCCAGGACGGCUCAUACAGUCUCGGAAUCAACGUGUCGAGCCCACAAACCAAUUUUGGCCAACCGCUUGACGGAGUAAACUGGUCUAUCCAGGACUGGCAGAGCGAGGACUGGCUGAAUCUUGACUCAAUGGCUUUCGGGACUUUUCCUGACAAUCAAGAUGCUCCAUUCAUAUGGCAAACAGGUCAGGCGGUACAAAAUCUGAUUCCACAUUCCUGA